GAGAAAUAUGAGUAUGAAGUACAAAGAUUUCGUGACGAUAUUAGAAAAAAGAAAGAAGAUAUACAUAGUUCUGCAGAAUCUAAAAUCGAUUUAUUAGAAGAACAGAUUUUUAAGCUUAUAGCUAAGAAUACUGAACUUAAAAGGGAGAAUGCUAAAUUCUCAACUAAGGAAGAAGGGUUUAGAGCUAGAAUUGUAGAAUUAGAACGGAACGCAAAAGAAAGUGCUGAGAAUGAGGA